AUGGAGGUGCUGAAGCUGCCUGUGUUUCUGUGCGAUAAUCUGUUUUCCCUGGCAAGGAAAAAUGAAUUGAUGGUGUGUUGUUUCGUCGUGCACAAACGCUGCCAUGAGUUUGUCACAUUCUCCUGUCCAGGCGCAGACAAGGGCCCCGCCUCAGAUGACCCGCGGGCCAAGCACAAGUUCAAAAUCCACACAUAUUCCAGUCCCACGUUCUGCGACCACUGCGGCUCGCUGCUCUACGGCCUCAUUCACCAGGGCAUGCGCUGUGACCACUGUAUGAUGAACAUCCACAAGCGCUGUGUGGCUAACGUGCCCAGCCUUUGUGGGACGGACCACACGGAGAGGAGAGGGCGCAUCCAGAUCACAGCGGACAUCAAGACCAACGUGCUGACCGUCACCAUCCAAGAGGCCAGAAACCUGGUGCCCAUGGAUCCCAACGGCCUGUCGGACCCUUACGUGAAGCUCAAACUGAUCCCAGACCCGCGCAGCGAGACCAAGCAGAAGACCAAGACCGUCAAGUGCUGCCUCAACCCCGUCUGGAACGAGACCUUUAAAUUCCAUCUGAAAGAACACGACAAGGACCGGCGCCUGUCCGUGGAGGUGUGGGACUGGGACCUGACCAGCCGCAACGACUUCAUGGGCUCGCUGUCGUUCGGCAUCUCCGAGCUGCACAAGCAAGGCGUGGACGGAUGGUUCAAGAUGCUGUCCCAGGAAGAGGGCGAGUAUUUCAACGUGCCAGUGGCUCCUGAGGGCGAAGAGGCCAACGAGGAGUUCCGGCAGAAAUUUGAGAGAGCUAAAAUUGGGCCUGGUAAGAACGCAGAAGGAAAGGCGGUCAACGCGGCGUCCCGGUUUGACUCCAACGGCAACCAAGACCGAGUGAAGCUGGCUGACUUCAACUUCCUGAUGGUGCUGGGGAAAGGGAGCUUCGGAAAGGUGAUGCUGGCUGAGAGGAAAGGCACAGAGGAGCUGUAUGCGAUAAAGAUCCUGAAGAAGGACGUGGUGAUCCAGGACGAUGACGUGGAGUGCACCAUGGUGGAGAAGAGGGUCCUGGCUCUGUCCGGGAAGCCCCCAUUCCUCACACAGCUGCACUCCACCUUUCAGACCAUGGAUCGCCUCUACUUUGUCAUGGAGUACAUAAACGGAGGAGAUCUCAUGUAUCAGAUCCAGCAGGUCGGCAAGUUCAAAGAGCCGCACGCCGUGUUCUACGCGGCCGAGAUCGCCAUCGGUCUGUUCUUCCUGCAUUUAAAGGGCAUCAUCUACAGAGACUUGAAGCUGGACAACGUGAUGCUGGAUUGCGAAGGCCACAUUAAAAUCGCAGACUUUGGGAUGUGUAAAGAAAGCAUGGCCGAUGGGGCCACCACCAAAACCUUCUGCGGGACCCCGGACUACAUCGCCCCAGAGAUCAUCGCGUAUCAGCCCUAUGGAAAAUCCGUGGACUGGUGGGCCUUCGGGGUCCUGCUGUACGAGAUGCUGGCGGGACAGCCUCCCUUUGACGGCGAGGAUGAGGACGAGCUCUUCCAGUCCAUCAUGGAGCAUCACGUGUCCUACCCCAAAUCUAUGUCCAAGGAGGCGGUGGCCAUCUGCAAAGGGAUUGAGCUGAGGAGGCAGGAGUCCCAUGCAUAA